CUAACCAUAUCUCUUUACACAGCUGCCGGGCGGGAUUUCCGCAAUAGCUAAUAACAUGGCGAAGACUUACGAUUACUUGUUCAAAUUACUGUUAAUCGGCGAUUCUGGCGUCGGAAAGACUUGUGUGUUGUUCAGAUUUUCAGAAGAUGCGUUUAACUCAACGUUUAUCUCGACAAUAGGUAUUGAUUUCAAAAUUAGAACAAUAGAACUAGACGGGAAGAAGAUCAAGCUACAGAUAUGGGACACAGCUGGCCAGGAGCGGUUUCGAACAAUCACAACGGCAUAUUACAGAGGAGCCAUGGGCAUCAUGUUAGUCUUCGACAUCACCAACGAGAAGUCAUUUGAAAACAUCAAGAACUGGAUAAGGAAUAUAGAGGAGCAUGCCUCUGCAGAUGUGGAGAAGAUGGUGCUGGGCAACAAGUGUGACGUCAAUGACAAGCGACAGGUGUCCAAAGACAGAGGGGAGAAGUUAGCGUUGGAGUACGGUAUUAAGUUUAUGGAGACCAGUGCAAAGGCCAACAUCAACGUGGAGAAUGCAUUUAUGACCCUUGCCAGAGACAUCAAGGCGAAAAUGGACAAGAAACUGGAGGGCAACAGUCCUCAGGGCAGCAGUCAGGGGGUGAAGAUCACAGAGCAGCCCAAGAAGAGCAGUUUCUUCCGCUGCACCCUCCUGUGAGGACCACGGCCUUCUCAUUGUCCACAGCUGGACAGAACUGGACUGAGCUUGCUCAGAGCUCUCCUCUCUUUCGCCCUGUUCUCAUCCCUUUCUCAUUCCCCAUAUCCCAGGCCUCUUUGGGUUUUGAGCUUUUUUUCUGAUUCACCAUGUGUCCCCCAGUUUAAAAACGGAUGUAUUCAUUGGUCAGGUGGAUCAAUCAGUUGCUCAAUCAGGGUUGUUAGAUGGAGAUCUCUAUACCGGGCACUCCUCAUGCUCUUAUAUCGUUUCUCAUAAUUACACUUUGGCUUCUGCUCCCCCUCUCCUCUCUGUCUUAUGCAACUGGUAUUGUUACAGGUACUUCAUGUUGCUAUGUGGUUGCACUGCUGCCAAAGUUGAUCCUUAGUGAGGUUUUUUUUCUUCUCAACAUGAAUUAACCUUAUCCUUAAAAGCAGUGGCUUAUUUCCAUGAUAAGACUAGUUAACCAUCAUAUAUACAUCUGACGUCUUCUGUCAGAGAGUUGCCUUCUGUGUCAUCUAGCUACUACUAUGGAGAUCUAUGCGUCCCUGUUUUUUCCUUUCUCAAAUGAUAGUGAUUCUCUCUAUUCUACAUUGACAUUACUCAUUUGCCAUCCAGGAAAGACACUUAAUUUCUUAAGAUAAUACCUAGAAAAAUUCUGAAGUCUUACCAUGUUAAUAGUGAAGACGUGUGAGGUGAGGACAGUGGGAAGGUAGGCCCCUAAAUGGCAGGCAAUCCAAGAAAUAAGAUGAGUAGGUGGCCAGUACGUUGUAAUAAACUUUAGUGAACUGUUAACAGAAAAUAUACAUGUUGGAGCAGAUCGGCAUUGUACUUGAGGACGCACAACUGCAAUGCAUUUUGACGCUGACUGUAGAGAAGUCAAAACGCGUUGCAGUUGUGCGUCCUCAUGUACAAUGCCGAUCUGCUCCAAUAUGUAUAUAUUUCUGUUAACAGUUCACUAAAAUGUAUUGCAACGUACUGGCUGCCUAAUCAUGAUUUCUUUCUUUUUUCUUUUUUUUCAAUAGUGGACAUUCCAUCUUAGACAUACCUAAAAAAAUAAAAUAAAAAGACCUGUGUUCAUCAUUUUACAUGUACUCUAUCGUUAUGCAGUUCCAAUUUGUUUCCUGCGCAAGGUUUAUCAACCAUAUUUGAGUGGUAAAACAAUUCUGUGCUGAUAUCUGCACAUUUUGAUUGCACUUUAGUAAUGAAAUUGGCUUCACUGCUUAACAUUUGCAAAAGCAUGUCUUAUUCUGUUAGCUUGUAUAGGAAUAUGUCAGUGUUCUUUAGAACUAUUACAUUCCGGAACUUCCAGUGGCUGUCAGUUGAAAUCUGUUCCACAGUAACAUCAGUCUAGUUGGAGCACAAUUCAUUUCCUAACAAUUGAGUUGCAUAAAUUGCCCACAACUUUGGUUUUGGCAUUCAAAAUGUGUUUUAAUAUUAAACCACUCCACAAAAUGUUUUCUUUGCCCCAAUUAUGAAUAUUGUGUGUGAUGUGGAGACCACUGAAACGGAGAGAAUCUUUUGGGUGGUAAUAAUCACUUUGUCAUGGAUUAUAAUUAUUUUUUAAAGUCAUGUCUUAGGCAACCUUUUCAAAUGCCAACCUCAACCUAUUCCUUAUUUGUUUACUGGUUGUUAAAUUGUGAUCCUGUAAUACCA